AUGUUGAUGCGGGCCAUCACAGUAGCCUAUCUGUGUUUUGCGUUGAUUGUCUUAUGUUUGAUUAUACAUAUAACUGUUUUCAGUGUACCCACCUGGGUGUACUACAAGGAUAGCGUUUCCACGUCGUAUUUUGGACUUUGGACUCUGUGUACGGGGAUGGUUGGGAAGGUGACCUGUGUCCCCACCAGUGGACAUCCAUCCUUUUCCGGUCAAGAUUGGUUUCGCGCUGUACAAGCUCUGGAAUGUCUCGGUUUAAUAGCGAUCAUUUCCGCCAACGUCUGCAGUUUCAUCUCAAUAUUUCUGGUAACGGCUGAACGUCUACUCAAUCUAGCCACGGUCAUAUUGAUGAAUGUUGCGGCUGUGUUCAUCCUGAUCGGUUCCAUUAUAUUUGGUGUGCGGGUGAAUUCCAUCCCCUCUACCGUCGUGUUAGCAGAAUACCUUUACGUUCCGUAUGGUUUUAAUAUUGUUGGUGGAGCUCUUUGUUCCGUUGCAGGGAUGUGUAUGCUUGCUUACAAAUCAACAUUUAGCUACUGAUUGCCGCCCAUAUUAUGUGGGGACAUUUUCAACACAAGGUAUUGAGAGGUGAAGAGAUUUCCAUGC